GCAAGGUCUACAGUCCAGGUUUAGGGAAAAUGUAAGCACAAACCAUAUCCUGCAACAUCUGCCUCCCAACAGCACAAACAUGAGAGAGGACAUUGUUAUUCCUAAUUUUUACAAUCAUUUAGGCUUUAUGCAACAAGAAGGUCCAUGCUAUGGUGCAGUCUCAUCGCAAUGGAUUGCUGCUGGGACAGAACUAAUAAAACUAAACACUGAGCCUUUUGCCACCCCGCUUCUAAAACCUCCUUGGAGCUUUACACAAAAUUCUUCUUUGCCAGAGAGAGAUCGGAUGUGGAAUCCUGCUGAUCCAUCCAUGGAAUCUGUCAGAAGUAUGGAGCAGGACUUUCUUAGGCCUUUAUCUUCUUACACAUCAUCUCUAUAUUCCAAAGGGGGAUCUUAUCAAGAGAAGAUAAAUCGCUUGAAGGAUCCAGCACUCAGCCUACCAUUUGCAACUUGUGAACCAGAAAAUGCAAGUUACCACUCCAACAACAACAGUAUUCUUAUCAAUGGGACAAUAGACCUCACAGAUCCAUCACAAGAUAGCAAGGGCGGGAACACAUGUGAGAGCGAGGAAAAUAAAUUCCUCUUAAUUGAUGAUCGGGGAAUCCCGUACACAGUCUUCAAAAAGGACCUCAUAAAUUCCCCAGAAACCGAUGGCGAACUAGACGAGGAUUCGCAAAUCCCUAAAAGAUUUCAUUAUUGCCCCAUGUGUUUCAGGUCAUUUCUUUACCUUUCAGACUUGGAGAGACACAGCGUCACACACUCGGAGCACAAACCGUUUGAGUGCAAAGUGUGCGGAAAGAGCUUUAAGCGAUCGUCUCAUCUACAACGUCACAAACACAUUCACACGGGGGAGAGACCUUUUCAGUGUAUUAUCUGCAAGAAAGGCUUCCGGGAAUCAGGGGAACUUCAGAGGCACCAGAGGGUGCACACAGGGGAGAAACCAUAUCAGUGUGAACUUUGCCAUCUUCGAUUCACAGAACGAAACACAUUGCGCAGACAUACUAAACGGAAACAUUUCAAGGAACUGCUUUACCAACAGGACCCUGGAGAUAGCAGUGACUGGGGUGAGGUUAUAGAAGACAUUUCUACAGAGGAUAACAUAGAAUGAGUUCUUGGGAAUCAUACCCUAUCCUUUAUUUUACAUAGUUGUCGUUGUUGUUGCGAACAAUUCCUAAACGAAUGGGAUACUUACAGGAACAUGUGUAUUGUUGAUGUG